AUGGCAUGCCUGCAUGAGACUCGGACUCCCUCCCCGUCCUUUGGCAGCUUCAACACGAUCCUGACGGAGAGCUCCCUCCGCAAGCUGGACCCCGAUGCUUCGGACUGCACCCCCGAGAAGGACCUCACGCCCACCCAGUGUGUGCUGCGGGACGUGCUGCCGAUCGAUGGGGGUGGGGGCGGGGGCGGAGGUGGGGGCGGUGGGCACAGCCCCACCCCCAGCGAGGAGACGCACGACCAGUUUGCCAACAGCGUGCUGCAGCUCCACGAGAACGAGGCGGGAAGUGGCGGGGGCGGCGGGGCCGGGGCUGGGGCCGGGAAUCCGGAGGUGCGGCCCACCCGCUACCACGCCGACCAGGUGCGGAUCCACUGCCAGACAGGGAGCGGCUUCCUGGAAGGGCUGUUCGGUUGCCUCAAGCCUGUGUGGACCAUGAUCGGCAAGGCGUAUUCCACUGAACACAAGCAGCAGCAAGAAGAUCCAUGGGAAGUACCCUUUGAGGAGAUCAUGGACCUGCAAUGGGUGGGCAGUGGGGCCCAAGGGGCUGUCUUCCUGGGGCGCUUCCAUGGGGAGGAGGUGGCUGUCAAGAAGGUGCGAGACCUUAAGGAGACGGACAUCAAGCACCUGCGGAAGCUGAAGCACCCCAACAUCAUCACCUUCAAGGGCGUGUGCACCCAGGCUCCCUGCUACUGCAUCAUCAUGGAAUUCUGUGCCCAGGGCCAGCUGUACGAGGUGCUGCGUGCAGGGCGCAAGGUCACCCCAUCCCUGCUGGUCGACUGGUCCAUGGGCAUUGCCGGCGGCAUGAAUUACCUCCACCUGCACAAGAUCAUCCACCGCGACCUCAAGUCACCCAACAUGCUGAUCACUUACGACGACGUGGUGAAGAUCUCCGACUUCGGCACCUCCAAAGAGUUGAGUGACAAAAGCACCAAGAUGUCCUUCGCCGGCACUGUGGCCUGGAUGGCACCCGAAGUCAUUCGGAACGAGCCUGUCUCAGAGAAGGUGGACAUCUGGUCCUUUGGUGUCGUUCUCUGGGAGCUGCUGACGGGGGAGAUCCCCUACAAGGAUGUGGACUCCUCGGCCAUCAUCUGGGGUGUGGGCAGCAACAGCCUGCACCUGCCCGUGCCCACCAGCUGCCCCGACGGCUUCAAGAUCCUGUUACGGCAGUGCUGGAACAGCAAACCUCGCAACCGUCCCUCCUUCCGCCAGAUCCUGCUGCAUCUUGACAUUGCGUCUGCUGAUGUGCUGUCCACGCCACAGGAGACCUACUUCAAAUCCCAGGCUGAGUGGCGGGAGGAAGUGAAGCUGCACUUCGAAAAGAUCAAAUCUGAAGGGACCUGUCUGCAUCGCCUGGAGGAGGAGCUGAUCCACAGGCGGCGAGAAGAGCUCAGGCACGCGUUGGACAUCCGGGAGCACUACGAGCGCAAGCUGGAGCGGGCCAACAACCUCUACAUGGAGCUCAACUCGCUCAUGUUGCAGCUGGAGCUCAAGGAGAAAGAGCUGCUGCGGCGGGAGCAAGCUCUGGAGAAGAAGUACCCGGGGCUCUUCAAGCACCAUCCCUCCCGCAGCCUUCUGCACGGCAACACAGUGGAGAAGCUGAUCAAGAAGAGGAACGUGCCUCAGAAGCUCUCGCCGCACAGCAAGAGGCCUGACAUUCUGAAAACGGAGGUGCUCAUGGACCCAACCCUGCCCCAGCUGGCCAUCCCUGUGUGCCAGAAAGGCCCCCCCUCCCCUGGGCGCAGCCGCCGAGCCAAGUCGCGCUACCGCAAGGUCAGCACCCGGGGCAGUUGCGGAGAGCUGGCGGAGCCGGCCGGAGCCAAGCGCCUGGAGCCCUGCGCGGCCUUGCGGGGGCUCCAACACGACCUGCUGCUGCGCAAGAUGUCUUCCUCCAGCCCUGACCUCAUCUCCACGACACUGGGAGCCGAGGGCCGCAAGGGGGCAGCCGGGCCCGAAUCCCCGCCUGCGGAGCAGCCUCGCAGCGAGACGCCCAGUGAAGAUGCAGCCUCUGUGCCCUGCUCUAGCAGCCCCGAGUCACCCUCCUCCCGGCAGGGCGCGGUCGGGCCCCCGGGAAAGGCGAGGCUGCAGCCCGGAGAGGAGGCCGAGCGGGAACACGGCCGGGGCAGCCGGGCAGGGGCCAUGCCACAAUCCCAGCACCUCACGCCAGCGGCCAUGUUGUAUCGGGCAGCUGUCACCAGGAGUCAGAAGCGCGGCGUCUCCUCAGAGGAGGAGGAAGGCGAGGUGGACAGCGAGGUAGAGCUCCCCCUCCGGCAAAGAUGGCCCCAGGCUAUGAGCAAACGGCAGUCGCUCUCCACAUUCAGCUCGGAGAACUUCUCGGAUGGAGACGGUGAGGAGGGUACGGGCAGUGAAGGUACCACGGCCUCCCACAGCGGGGGCACGCCCGACGUGGCCAGCACCAACACGGAUGAGCGGCUGGACGCCGAGCGCUCUGACGAUGACAUUCUGGGGCACUCUGACGGCCUGUCUGAGAAGGAAGCUGCCAUUCGGCUCGUCAAGCGCCAGCUCAGUGCUGAGCAGAAUGCUGGAGAGGACCCAGCUGCCUACGAGGACUCGGACUGCGACAGUGCUGAGCUGGACCAUUCAGGCAGUGGGGAAGUGCAGAGACUCCCUGACACGCCCCCUUUGUGAUCUCACCCACUGGGUUUCCCUUCCUGGGUUGUACAGCUCCCCAAGCCCUUCUCUGCACCACCACUUUCUCCCCAGAUAUUUAUAUAAAUAAUCUAUAAAGCUCUAUAUAAAUCUAUAUUAUCUCAUAAUCUCUGGAAGGAGAGCCAGCACGCCUCGCCUCCCCCCCCCCGCCCCCACUCCCGCUCCCGCAUUCUCUCAGACUGGGGUGGCGGUGGUCGAGGGUCACUUCCUGCCGUUCGGGCUUGCCGUUUUCACUUGGGGCAGCUGGAG